CUUCAUUUCAAAAUUCAAACCAGUUGUUUUUAAAUUCGAAUCUGUAACGACGAUGAAGAGCUGUAACCACCGGUAAAAUCUUUCAGUAUAAUCAAUUAUUCUGUAUGUAUUUUGGUCUGUAUUGUUACGAUUUUGUUACGCCUCUUUGUUGUUUCUAGGGUUUCAUUGUCUCUUUUAUGAAUUUUGAGAAUAAGAUUGUUAAUUCCCGGUUGAACUAAGUUCGAUUACUUUAUGAUGUUAAUAUGGCUCAUUAAACCAUUGACGAUAGUGGAAUAUGGAUACACAAACUUUUAUCUCAAUCUUUGCAGCCUUUUGAGUUGCUUCCUUCAGCACUUCAAAAUCGAUUGUUGCUUGAAAGACAUCCCCAUGGAAAUGUCCAGGAAUGAUGAUCUUGAAAACUGAACAAAUGUUUGGUGAAGUUGGAGAGAAGUGGCCUGAUAUUAUCCUAGAGGAAGAUGGUUCCAAGGAAAGUUGCCAGCUACGUUUUAGAGGUCACAAUGCCCGUGUAACUGUUCUUUUUGAUAAAUUGUUGGGAAAUGAAAAUGGAAAAGCUUUUUCAAGUCAAGGUGAAGACAAUACCGUUUGCCUUUGGUCACUCAAGUCAACUGGAAAGCGUGGUCAACAUGCUUUGAAAGCUACAGUUUAUGGUCAUGAGAAGCCUAUGGUAUUCAUGUCCAUUACCAGGCACAUGAAUUCCCUAUUAGUGAGCAUGUCAAAAGAUUCUCAGAUGUUGAUUGCCCCAUUUGGGUGACAUCUAACUUGACUAAAAGGAAGGUUGGGUUGCAACUGUAAGUACUUUAUGACUUCUACAAAGUCUAACGAUUGGAGCUUGCUAGAAAUUUUCAGUUCCCUUUUCUUAGGUAAUUUUACUAUAUUUCAUUAUAUUAUCCAUCAUUGUUUAAUCGAGGGCAUUAUUAGAAAUUCAAACUCCUGUAGCCUCCACGA